UUUUUUUUGCCAUGAUGAAGUUCACACAUGAUCAUGAUACCAUUUGAGGAGAUUCAGAGAAGUAUGAAGAACACAAAGCGCUUGGUCGGCCAUCCGAGAGCCUCUUUCCUGGUGGCCCUUUGCAGAACCCAUGUCAUUCUGAAUCCCACUCUCCCCCCAUACCUCACGUCUGUAUGUCAUGUCCGCUUCCCUUGAGCAUGUUGUGAUGUUACUGUGUAUUUUGUCGUCAUCAGUACUCCAUUGUGUGAUGGGACAGUAAUUGAUCCCUCCAAGCUGGACUCUUGGGCACCUUUGUUUUGAAUCUUGGUGCCUAAAUCUUUGUCCAAAUUGCAGAUAAAUUCCAUAGCAUGCGAACUUCCGGAAUGUUGAUACUCAAGUCGUCACAGUGCUUUCCAGAAAGGUCGUCCCAGUUCGUACUUUUCAUCAGUGGAUCAGCACAGAGCAUGGUUGUUUAGAAACAAAUUGCUGCCCCAUUGUUAUUUUUACAACUUCUAGUAUUUUCUUAAUAUAUUCGCUAUAGGAAGCUUGGAACAUGUACAAAAGGCUAUUUUUCAUUGUCCUUCCCACUUUCCCUCCUGCCUUAAAAGUCUCCACUCCCCCUUGCCUGCCUCACAGCCUCCUUCCCCAGCCCCAGCUUGGCAGGAAAAGCAAGAAAAACGGCAUAGGUGGAGUAGGUGCUCACUGCUGGGGUGCUUUAGAGCAUAUCCCGCUUUUUCCAUUUAAAGGGGAUUUAAAAUCCAGUUCCUUAUUUCAAGUGCCCAGGAGCCACGUGUCACAUCCAUCCACCCAGCCUGCACUACGGUAUUGGAUGCACAGAUGGCAAACGUUCCCAGCCUCAUGGGAAGUUCUGCUGGACAGCACUGGCUACUGCACCAGGGCAGGAAGUCCUGUUCCCCCAGCUCCUCAGGAAACUGCGUGUUGAAUGACUGACUGAAUGAGGCGGAGGUAGAUGUGAAACUCAGUAAGGAAAGAAGACGCAUUCAGGAAGGGAUAAGGGUUAAGAACACAGCACUGUGAGGGCAUGAGGGGAUGAAGAUGACUGUCCCUGUUGUGGUGACAUCUGGGACGAACUCCAGGGAGGGGCUUGGGUGGGAGCAGCAGAUGCUAAGGCCCUGGGGUGGCCAGUGACUUAUCUUCAAUGCAGUGUGAAUGAAGUGAGAAGGGCUCAAGUCAGCUCCUUGUGAUGCUGGAGGUCAGGACAAGGAGGUGAGGAGCUAAGGGGAGGCCUACAGCAGAACGGCCUCUGCCUGAUGUGGCCAAUUUGCGCCUGCCCCUUUCUGCAGGCCUGAUCGCUGACUGCAGCCACCUGCCGCCUUCUGGGUCAGCUGGAGCCGCUGGGACUGUCCUGGGAGCCAGCCAGCUCACCCACCGAGGCCGGAGAUGCUCCCGCUGGCCAAAGCCCUCUUCUCCCCCAGAAGUCCCCAGCCCCCGGCCCCAAGUGAGCAGGACAGGGCUCCUCAGUCGGCCAGCCCCGGGGACACUGAGGCCUGGCGCCUGCGCUUCCGGCAGUUCCAGUACCGCGUGGCUGGGGGGCCGCACCGUGCACUAGGCCAGCUCUGGAUGCUGUGCCGUGGCUGGCUGCGGCCCGAGGUGCACUCCAAGGAGCAGAUGCUGGAGCUGCUGGUGCUGGAGCAGUUCCUGGGCGCGCUGCCCAGCAAGAUGAGGACCUGGGUACAGUCCCAGGGUCCCCGCACCUGCAGGGAGGCCGCUAGCCUGGUGGAGGACCUCACUCAGAUGUCACAGCAGGAAGUUCUGGUAUCUCUCACCAAUCACCAGGACGGGAGCAUCAGCGAAGAAGAAGACAGGAAGAACAUAAGGUCCCACCAAGACUCAUCCCAGGCGUUAGAGCUGGGGCCCCAGGAGGGCGCGUGGCUGCCGCCUGCCCAGCCCCGGCGGAGCCCUCACAGCGGGGCAGUGGCCGAGGCCUCGGGCCCACUGGGGCUUUGGCCUCCCAGCGUAAAGGCAGACCGGCUGAGGGAGCGGGAGCACGGGGUCCCCGCAGGGGCCGACCCAGGUGAGGACGAGGGGCUGCGGGCUGUGGCGUCCGCACCCCACCCCACAUGCCUUCAUCUUGGGGAAGGAAAGGGCGAGAGCACGGAGGCUGCCCUGAGCACCGGCAGCCGACGGCCGAGGGGGUCCCCGGGAGAUGCGCGGGGCUUGGCUUCCCGCCCGUCCGUCACUGAAGACCCUUCUCCCUCACCCCCCCAGGACCGAGCCGCUCGCCUCUGAAGCCUGGUGUCUGGGACGACCCGCCCUGUGCGCGGGUCGGGGACACGGCCCUGCGGAAUGGGCAGUGCCGCCCCGGGCAGGCCCGGGACGCCGCCCCGUGCGCCCAGGACCAGCAGGCAGAAGGGGCUGCCCCC